GAUUUCGUUUUUUUGUUCAUUCCGGACGUGCGUGUAGGAGAGAAUGUAGUUUGGGGGGGGGACACUCUUUCCAUAUUGUGGCGUUGCUCCUCCCUUAUUGGGAUGUAGUUUCGGAGUAAAUAACUAAUGGCUGGCCUUCAGUCGGCUGCUUAUUGAUGUAUUGUGUGUCAUAGUAGCACCGUAGUCUCCGCCGCCUCCUCUUGAUGCAGCCUGAAAUUUAGCUAGAGGCCCGCCGCAGCACUUUACAAAUCAAGACGGGCAAAAUAAGAAAAAGCCAUGCAACAUACAGAAGCAAGUCGAAACAAACGGCCAGAGGGCUCUGCUCGUGAGCGAAGUUCAAGUUCAAUUAAGAAUCGCCUUGCGAGCUGCCAGACUAUUUCUGGGCUGGGGUUGCUGGAUAGAGAAACUAGCAAGACACUGGGAAUGCUAAGUGCACUAUCCCGAACAAUCAAGACUGAAGAUGAUGAUGAGGAUGAUGUGGCGGAACUUUCAGAAGAAGAGCAAAAGAGCUGCUCCAAGCCGGCUCAGCAGAAAGAGACUGAUCUUCUUGAUCCAAGCCAGACCUCAUUGACUAAUCAAGCCAGUAAAAGCCAUAAGAAGGCAUUUCUUACCGAUGAGAAUGCUUCAUAUUCAUUUAAUAUGCACAGGAGUUAUAUCUGUGAGCACUGUUAUGGGGCCUUCAGGAGUAGCUACCACCUCAAAAGACACCAAUAUAUUCACACAGGUGAGAGGCCAUAUGAAUGUGACAUGUGUGAAAUGAAGUUCAUUCAGAAGUAUCACCUGGAUAGACACAAACGAGUUCAUAGUGGGGAAAAGCCAUAUCAGUGUGAGCGUUGCCAACAGGCCUUCUCACGGACUGACAGACUUCUGAGACACAAAAGGAUGUGCCAAGGGUGUCAGUCUAAAAUCGGGGAGACAGAUUUUAUGUUGUAGUUUGGGAAUUUGUAUGCAUCAUCCUGUAGCUUGGAGACCCAACAUUUCUUUAUUCCAUUCAGGACAGAUUUAUCGUAGGCUCUGGUGUUUUCGGAACACCACAAAAAGAUGGUGAAGAGACACGACUCCUUAACAGAGUGAUUUCUCUCCUCUUAAACACAUGUGCUUGUUCUUAUUCAAAUACAGAAUAAGAAUUUUAACUGCGAGUCUUGGACCUUCAAGCCCAGUUCCAAAAGUCAUAAAUGUGGCCCUCCAGUGGAGCAGAUGUAUUAUUCCCGGGCCUCGGUGACUCAGCUACUGUCCCCUUUUAUUUCUCGCUGAAUCAGUGUCCGUUUUCUAAGUAACAUUUUUAGAACUUACAUUUGAGGGAAAAUCCCUAAGUUUAAUGUAAAUCUCUUUAUAUUGUUAUUUGAUUUUUAUAUAUCAUAAUGAUCUCAUGAUUGUUUUAAUGGGACCAAUAGUUUGAGAUUUUUUGUUUUGUACCAUCUGGUAAUCUGAUUUUUUUUUUUUUGUAAUUGUGAUAAAUAUUAGCAGGACAGGAAACUGAAGCCUCUGAAACAGGGUAGUGACGGUUGAUUGAGUUGUUGUCCUUAUAUAUAUUGUGUGAAUUCAUUUCGCACUGGGAUAUUUCCACACCCAUUAGUAACAAUUUAUCAGUUAAUUCUUAAAAUGAAAGAAUUAGUUUUGAGGCCUGCAGUCCACUAACACCACACUAACAGGUUACAUGGGAAUUUCACCUUGCAAUAAACAUUUAGGGGCCGAUUCACUAACUUCGAGUGAAGGAUUCGAAGUAAAAAAACUUUGAAUUUCAAAGUGUUUUUUGGGCUACUUCGACCAUCGAAUGGACUACUACGACUUCGAAUCG